AUGGGUCUGGCCGAGCUGAGUCACACGUACGAGAGGUCUCAGGUGGUGGACUUCACCGACCACCUGGUGGAGUCGAGCGUCUUCUACCUGUUCCCGGCGAAGAGGCUGGAGAAGCCGGUCUUCGUGGUGUUCCUCGUGUUCACGCCCCAGGUUUGGCUUAGUCUCGCCGGCAUGCUCGUCGUCAUGGGCGGCUCCCUGUACCUGUCUCACCGCCUCAGCGAGGGGCACAGGCCAGACGCCCCGUCGCUCAUCGCCUGCACCGCCCACGCCUACAGGAGCAUCGUUUAUCAGAGUACUUUAAACCCUCAAGGCAGCGCUCCCAGGCUUGUGUACAUCUCAGGCCUGGCACUCGCUCUCGUCCUCUAUGCGGUGUAUAACGGGAACCUGACGGCGUUUCUGUCCAUUCCGCGCCUGCAGACGUACCCGAGCACGUCCGAGGAAAUGCUCGAGCAGGACUUCUCGCCGGUGCUCGUCAGGGGAUACGCGCAGUACGACUUCUUUCGGAUUAUAUUUAUUGGCGUUGAAUUCCAUUUUCCAAGUACAACUCCACAUAAGUUCUCGAGGUCUCACUUGGAGUACUCUCCGCUCAAGACGUACCAGGAGCUCUUCCGGAGGGCGGAGGCUCGUGAGAACAUCUACCCCUUCGGCCGCGUGUCCCCCGAGGCCAUCCUCAGGAGGUUCCGGACGGGGAAGGAGGUGGUCAAGGAUUCUUUCUUCCGGGAAAUCUUCAACAAAAAGCUGAUGUGGCUCCGCGACAUGGGCAUCCUGAAGAAGGUUUCGCAGGACUACAACGCGAUCCACUGCGCCGCCAAGAUGAGGGUGGACGGCUCCUCGCGCCCUCUCGGCCUCGCGGACAUCCAGGGCGCCUUCCUCAUCCUGCUGGCGGGCAUCGCGCUGGCUGCCCUCUCGCUCGCCCUCGAGCUCGCCGCCGCCAGACUCAAGCUGCCCUGA